UUCUCAAAAUAAUCAAAUGGUCCAUUGCAGUUUCCGGAAUGGAGAAACAAAUAUUGGAGCCUGAAAUUUUAAAGACUAAACGAAUUUCAGACGAAAUAGAUGCACUUCUAGCAAACCAAAAUAUCGGUAGUGAUUUGUUAAAAGAGUUAAAUUUAUACAAAGACGAAGAAGCCAUACCUUUUCGUGUUGUUAAAGAAGUCUACGAUGUUUUGUCAAAAUCAGGUGGAAAGAAGAUUUAUUUGCAUGAGCUGUUGGAAGGAAGUGAUCUUCAUAUACCAGAGUUAAAACCUAUUCCAAGGAAUCCUGAGCUUGAAGCAAGAUGUAAGAAACUUCAGGCACAGCUUGACAAUAAAAAGUACCAUGAGAUGGUGAAAAAUGUAGACCAUUCAAAAAAAGACUACUUUUCUGCUGGCAAAGAUGUGAAAGAGAUGAAUAGACAGAUGGUUUCUGUCUUUAACUUUAUAAUAACUGUGGGCGGUGCAUUUGCUUUUGGUUACAAGGCUAGUCAAUAUACAUUUGGUGGAUACAGUAAUGUGUUUGCAUUGCAACUGAUAGCUGGUCUCACACUUGGAACUAUCUUGUUCUUUGCUGAUCUCUAUUUCUUGCUGAAAGAAUCAAUGUGACACAUCGGGGAGUAUAAAACUACUAUACUGUGAUAAACAGACAAAAUGGAGUUUAAUCCCUCUGUAUGACCACAUCCCCAUGGCGACACUACAAAAUCAGUGUUUUCAAAGGACAUAAGCUAUGUUUUUUGUUCAGAAGGUGGUUGUUUUGGGGGAUUUUCCCAAAAGAAACAUUCCGUAGAAAAAAGUCAAGGAUAUAGUGGAUUUAAAUGGAUUUAAGUGAAUGCUUUAAUUUUAUUGAUAAAAAUUUAUUAUGCUAUGAUAUUAAGUUAUCAAAGGACCAAAUUGAAUUAUUAUGCUAAUAAGUAAUAUUAGAACCUUUUUACAAGCACAUGUUUCUUUAAGUUGUAGAAAUAAUUUUUAUAAGAGACUGUUUCCUAUAAAAUGUUCUUGAAAAGAAACUUGCAGCAAAAGAAAAGUUUUUGCAUAUGUCAGCUUUUUUAUUAUCUUUUAUUAAAAUAAAUAACUUUAAAAUGACAGAUAUCCAAUAGUGCAAUAACUUGAAGCCAAAUUUAAAUAAUUUUGUUAGAAUAAAA